CCAUGGAGGCGUAUUAGCGUGCGCACAAUCAACGAGCGAGGGAAGAAGAAGGCACCAUAUUCGAUACAUCACGGAUGACUUUUUCCCAACAUCGGCGUCCAUCGGCUCCCAUUUACGGCGCAUAUAUUGGAAAGUUGUGCUGGAAUGAGCUCCAACCAGCAAUCACUGAGUGGAAGUGGAACAGCGAGGAAUCGUCUCAAUCGGCACUUUUGCUACCCACUUUAGUCGCUUCCCGAAUACAGACCCGUGUGUCUUUUAUUAUCGGCAAAAGCUGUGCUCCGGUUCAGAAGUUUUUUGGUUGAAGGCAUAAAUCGACUGGUUGGUGGUGUUAUCAUCAGACAUACCUUUUUGGCGCGGUGGUGCGAGGAGGUUUGCCCAUUGCUAAAUCCGGCAGGAAGGAAAAAAAAGGAAGAAAAAAAUCUUGUAAUUCGGAAUUAGUGAAAAAAGGGGGCGCAAAUUUGUUGGAUUGGCGCGAUUUUCGCGAGAAAAAAAGCAAGGUCGUGAAGAACUGAACUAUCUGUCGCGAAGGACAUCUGAGUUUGGAAGGACAGGACAACUUUAGAAUUGUGAUUGUGCAACACCCUUUUUUUCUUUCAACGGACAUUUUUGUUCCUUUUCGCCCAUUUCGUGUGGGGCGCAAGGUCAAUAACCAAAAAAAGAGUAAUUUUGCCAUUUCGAUACACCUAAAAAUCAGGAGCUAGUAACAGUUUUGUGCCGCAGUAAAGAAGGAAAAGCACAGCGAUGGCCGAUAAGAAAGCCGCAGAACAAUAUUACACUCCACCCCCAAAAUUGGGCAAAUGGGAAGGAUUCUGUUUGUUCCUGUGGAACAGCGAAACAGGACAAUUCUUAGGACGAACUGGAGGAAGUUGGGCGAAAAUCUUGAUUUUCUACAUCCUGUUCUACGCAGCACUAUGUGGCUUCUUUGCAGCAAUGUUAGCUGUCUUUUAUCAAACACUAGAUACAAACAUGCCAAAGUGGCAGCUGGAAAACGGAUUAAUUGGAACGAAUCCAGGCUUGGGCUUUAGGCCAAUGCCACCUGAGUCAAAUGUCGAGAGUACUUUGGUCUGGUACAAGGCGUCGAGUCCUGAGAAUAUGGAGUAUUGGGUUAAAGAGAUUGAUGAUUUCCUAAAACCGUAUAUGGAUGAAACCAAGGUAGAAAAUCGUGUGGACUGUGACUUCGAUCAUCCCCCGCCGGAGGGUAAAGUUUGCAAUGUACCAGCUACCAGCUGGGAUCCAUGUACUGCUCAAAAGAAGUACAACUUCCCGAAAUCAUCACCGUGCAUAUUCUUAAAAUUAAAUAAGAUUUUCAAUUGGAUCCCAGAUAUUUACACGAAUGCUACCACGUUACCUGACAACAUGCCCGAAGAUUUGAAACAGCAUGUCGCAGCUGAGGAAAAACGAGGCAGUAAAAAUACCAACGUGGUUUGGGUGUCGUGUGAGGGUGAAAAUCCGGCUGAUGUGGAGAACAUCGGGAAUAUUCAAUACUUCCCACGAAGAGGCUUUCCCGGUUACUUCUUCCCCUUCCGAAACACCAAGAACUACCUUCCUCCACUCGUUGCUGUUCUGUUCGAACGACCUAAAACUGGUGUCCUUAUCAACAUCGAAUGCAAGGCAUGGGCACGCAACAUUAAGCACGAUCGCUCCGAGAGGAGGGGUUCCGUCCAUUUUGAGUUAAUGAUUGAUUAAGGGAACACACACAUUCUAUGACUAGUAGCGUUUAAAAAGAAUCUACCAACCAAAGUUAAGCAGUAUGGAAAUGAAGGUUGAAACAUCGCCUGCAGGAUAGUCAGGAUGGCUUAGGCAAAAAGAAAACAAAAUAAUGCACACACAAAAAAAAAUGUAACUGAAAACGUAUGAAUAGGUGAGAAUUUUAACUAAAAUGAAAAAAAAACUUAGUAAAAAAAAAACAAAAAAGCGUAAACCAAAAAAUGAUUAGAAAUGACUUAAUGAAAUUACAAAGAAAAUAUCAAAAUGUGGAAAAUUUAGAUCAUCAAUAUAAGUCAUUCAUUAAUGAGAAUGAUUUGUAGUAAAAAAAAAACUCGAAAGCGCCACGUUUUAAUUGAAGAAAAUAAAAAUUAAAAGCCAUUGCAGAACAACUAUGAAGUAAACAGCGACACUUGAGACAAAAAUUUAGUUCCAGAUUUAAGAAGAUGAAUAAAGAAAACCAUUGACACCUUCAAAUUCACUGAAGGAAACGACACCUUCAAAUAGUGUGGCUUGAGUAGAUAAAAUAAAUUGUAAAAUAAGGAUUUAAAUACUUAAAAAAAAAAUCUGUUAGAACUGCAACUAUAAGAAAUCGAGCUAGAACCGUUGGGUGUUCGAAAAGAAAAUCAUAAGCCAAAAAAAGAAUUAAAGAGAGAAGAAAAUAGUGUUUUGAGAUCAGACAAUCUCUCAAAUGAAUUACUAUUGAGAGUGAAAAGAGUACGUUGAGAGUAAACGCCCAAGAUUACAUAAAAGAACAACUUAAAUAAAAAAAAAAUAGUAUGACUAAAUACUUAUAAACAAAUUGAAAAAUUGAAGAAAAUUAUGUGAGUGUGAUUGGAGAUAUUAUAAAUAAAUGUAAUUUAUAAGUAUUUAAUGGUAUAUUUUUGACUGAUGAUAUUGCUGAGUUAUUAUUUCAAUCUGUACAAAAUAAACGUUAAUUGAUGAUGAAAAAAUAUACUUUAUUAAAUUAUAUAUUUGUGUAAUGAAAAAAAAUCUGUGGGAAGAAAAAGUUACAAGCUAAUAAAAUUAUUAAAAAAAACGAGUAACAAGAACAACCGAAAAAAUGCAAA